AUGCUUGAUCGUUUACGCCUUGGAGAGUCAUUUGCAUCCAUAUCACGCUCAUUCAAUGUCAACGAAUCAACUGUACGAUCAAUAAAAAAAUCCGAAGAUAAAAUAAGGUCGUCUGUAGCUUCAACUUCACUGUCAGCUAAAAUUGUCCGUGAUCCAGCAAUAGAAAAAAUGGAAGUGGCGUUGUCAUUAUGGAUCGAAGACCGCAACCAAAAAAGGGUGCCCCUGAGUGGUCCAAUGGUCCGGGAGAAGGCAAAGCGUCUUUACGCUGAUUUUAAAGAACCUGAUGGUAGUUUUAGUGGUGAACGUACAGAUGGAGGAUUUCAAGCAUCGGAAGGUUGGUUUAAUAAAUUUAAGGCCUUAAAGCUCUAUUACAUUAGACGAACCUUCAAAAUCAUAUUGGAUAAUAUGGAAUGUAAUUCUGAUAUGAAUGUUAUGGAUUGCUGGAAGAAAUUUGACAUAGCAAAAUGCAUCGCAAACAUAAAAGAAUCAUCGAAAGAACUGAAGCCACACACAUUGAAGUCGUGCUGGAAAAAACUGUGGCCUGCUCUGACUGCGGAAAAUGACGAAGAAUCUGUGCAAGUUCAAAUUUUGACUGCAAACAUAGCCGAAAUCGCGAAUGGAAUAGGACGAGAUGGGUUCGAACAGAUAGAAUCAAGUGACAUUCAGGAAUUGCUUGAAUCGCAAGAUGAAGAUUUGACUGAAACCGACUUGGAGGAAAUGUUAAAUUCACAGCCCAUUGAAGAAGAGGCUUCAACAAGCACUGGAAACGUGACAUUUAAUUUGAAAAAUCUUAGUGAAGGUUUAAGAAUGGCAAAUGAGCUUUGCGAUUUCUUUAUGAACAUUGAUCCAGCAGAAGCUCUGUCGUUCCACUUUGGUGAAAGCAGGCAGCGAGUUUCCUUGCAUAUAGCAGUUAUGUUUAUUGGAACAACUUCCAUGUGCACAAUAAGUGAUUGUUUACGCCAUGAUGCUCCAGCUGUUUGGGGUGACCUU